CGCGUGGUUGAAUGCGCACGCGUCCUGUGUCCCAUUUCAGUUUGGUACGUUCGCGCGCUUUUUUGACAACAAUGACGUUUUGACAUUUGACAGAAAUCUCCAUUUAUCAACGGACCAUCACAAAUUCACGAAACCAAAAUGGCUUCCUGCCCAAAUGACGUUGACAGCAUUUUGAACAAGGAACUGACAUUUUCGGAAUGUCAAAACGCAAUGAAGAGCAAAGAGUUUUUAAGAGAUUUCCUAUUAUUUAAUUUGAAUAUAAUUUUCAACGUUAUAAGAACAAUUUUUGAGUUUAUUUUUGAAAAUAGUGGCUGUGUAUUGUUUUGUGUUUUUGUUUCUUUUUUGUUUUUCGUUGUUUAUAGAAGUUAUGUUAAUCCUCUGUUGUAUAAAAAAGAACUAACAGAAAUCGGUUUCGAACACAUCGCAAAAGGCCCGGAUAGGGACAGGCGGAUAUCCCGGGCCCAGGCUACCCGACGGAUGGGGAACAAAAUCCCCCCACCGUACCCUAAUGGCUGGUUUGCAGUGGCAGAGAGCAGGGAACUCAAAGUUGGCGGAGUUACCGCUGUUGAUGCUUUAGGUCAAAAUCUCUGCGUCUACCGUGGAGAAGACGGCGUUGCUCGCUGUGUUGACGCUUAUUGCCCUCAUUUGGGGGCAAACCUGGCUGUCGGGGGCAAUGUCUGUGGCAACUGCAUCGAGUGCCCUUUCCAUAAGUGGAGGUUUGGAGAAAAUGGCGCUUGUGUUAGUGUUCCGGGAGUUGAAAAUGCCCCAAAAGGCGUAUCAAUAAAGCAAUGGUCGACGGUAGAACGUGACGGCGCUAUCUGGCUCUGGUAUGACGCGGAGGACCGACCUCCGCUGUGGAACAUCGAGGAGGUGCCCGAGCUGGAACACUGGGGGUAUAGAGGGAGAAACGAGUUUAUUGUUAGCGCUCAUAUACAAGAAAUUCCAGAAAAUGGUGCCGAUGUGGCACACUUGAAUGCGGUGCAUUCGCCAUCUUUAGUUUCUAGUUUAGGAGAGAAAUAUCCACUACUGUAUGACUUGAUAGGUCGUCACGUAUGGUCAGCGAGCUGGACGAAGGGCGACGACCACAUGGCGUCCAUGACACUGACACAUGACUACAAGAUCAUGAAGUGUCAUCUCUGUCAUAUAGAUGUUAAAGUUACACAGAUAGGUCCCGGCCACGUGCGUCUCUUCAUGCAGUCCCCAGUGGGUCCUAUCCUAGUCUCCCAGUCGGUGACGCCACUGGCGCCCUCUCUGCAGCGCGUGGUGCAUCGCAUGUACUCGCCCACACACAACGCGCCGCUAGCAGCGCUGCUUGUCAAGUCUGAGGGAGCUAUGUUCGAACGCGACAUCACAAUUUGGAAUAGCAAACGUUUCGUCUCUGCCCCCGCUUACGUCAAAACGGACAAAACUAUUCGUGCCUUUAGGAGUUGGUUCUCACAGUUUUACAGUGAACAUAGCAUAUCUUUUAGGGACGCUAAUCAAAAUACACUGGAUUGGUAACUUAUCUAUUAACUGCAGGUUUCUAUAACGUAUCUAUCCGUAAUUUUAAAAGAAAGAAAAUAUAUCAUUGACAUUGAGUUUCUUGCCGGCUCUUCUCCAUGAGACCAACUCUUUGGAACCGUGAAACUAGUGUGACGUUUCAUAAAAGACUGCAAAGGCCUAUUUGAAAUCAAAAGUGUUGACUUUAAUUAAAUGUUAAUUAAUUAAAAUAAGCUAAUUUUGCGAUGAAAGAUUAAAAUAUUGAUAUAAUUUAUAUGAAUCUAACUCUAUCUCGUAUACUCGAAAUACACGAUUACCUACUUAUUAAAAUAAGCUUAAAAUUGAGUUAGGCGCCAUCUAUUGUUGAGUAGCAGAAGUUUUUUAAAACUAGAAUGUUGCAGUCAAGAAAGUUAUAGAUUGGAGUCUGUAGACCAACGAGACUUGUUUUUUAUUAUUUUUAUGAGCGUUUGUUUAAUUAAAUUAAGUUAAAACCAUCUAUUCUAUUUAUGAAUGUAAUAUUCUUAUGCAGAGAUUGUGAAACUAACUUUGUGUGUUAAGAAUUAAGAACAAUUUAAUUUAUAUAUAAAGAUAUCUAUUUGAUAAAAUAGGAUUAUUGUUUGACAUAAAAAAACACGACCGUGAUGCCAAAUUGUACAAUUAAUUUUAAUAAAUAGUUUAGUGACGGCAAACAUGUUUUUUUUUUAAUUUUUCGCAACCAGUCAAAGCAUUCACUCACCAUAAGCUUAAUUUCAUCCUUAUUAAGUGACUAGGUAUCAAGAAAUCUUAUAAUCAUUACAUUAUUGUAAAAAAAUCUAGCAAGUUUGACAUAGAAAUAUUUACUUAAAUCACUUUUAUUUAAAUAAAAAAUACAAAAUUAAGUCUUGUGAAUCUUGUUAUAGUUAUCGGCACGAAUCUUGAGCUCUGACCUUCACCUGCGCAGACGCAGAAGUAAUUUUUUGAGUCCCUUUUGUGGUAUGAAGUGAG